AUGGAUAAUGCUGCUACAAUGAAAACAUCGCGCGCCAAUAAGAACGACGAGAUAGUGAAAAAUAAACAAAGGGAUAUGGAAUGGCAUGACCAAUGUCACUAUUACGAACGGGAUUACGUGCAUCUCAAGCAUCUUCCCCUUUCCCAGGCAGCCAACUACAGUGACGCUGAUGACGCCCCCGUGGUUAGAUGUGAGCAAUGGGAGUACGAUCAAUCUGUGGAUUGCUUGGAGGAUUUGUCAGCGACCGAUACGGAGGAAAACGGCCAUUUACGGUUCGGAAUUUACUUCGAUGAUCUGAUUUCGGAUUUCUCUGGGUUACUCCCGUGGAAUUCGACAAUAUUUAUGGUGUUCGUUCUCCUCGCUGCCAGUAACGAAGCUGCCGAUCUGGCAGCAUAUGUUCUUUGUAUGGAAAUUACUGGUAAAGAGUAUCGUUCUAUUGUUGGUAGUCUACUUCAAGCUCCAUGGGCAUGUGGUUAUGCUUUCCUGGCUCUCAGGUAUUACGAUAGAACGACUCAAAAGAUGUGCCAUGGAAAUGAAGAACGGAAGUUCACCAAAUUCUGCUGGAGUGGACGUCAAGAGCAUUUUUGA